UGUUAACACGUCCCAAGCAACGCCCACGAGCAUUCAACCAACGAGAUCAUCUUCUCCGGUAGCUAAAAUUCUAUCUCGACGUCUGCUGAGAUCCAAUGGAAGAUGUCCCACCGCCCCCGGCGGCAAACAGCGAGUUUGCGACUGGAGAGGCUGUCGGCGGUGUCUCUCAAGGGCGCUCCCAGAUCGAAGGACGACCUCUUUUGUCGCAUAAUCAAGGUCUCGCGAGUGAUCCUGCAUUCCAAGUCCAGUAUCAGCAGCUCUACGGCCCGUCCCCGAAUAUCUUCUCAGGUCAACUCGAUAUGUCUCACGCCCAGGGGCAUGGCCGCCAAGGACCUUACAACAUGACUGCGAUAGCCAACGCGCUCCCACAGGCUGGCUAUAGACCUAGCUAUAACCCUGGACAGUUACCGCAACGAUUUAGUGCCGGCCCAUCAUCGAACAUGAUUCCGCCUAUACCACAAGUAGCUCAGUUUCCAGGACCUCCGAACAUGACCCAGUUAGGAGGGCAGCACUACUAUGUUGCCCAGCAUCCGCAGCUGGCGCCGUACUAUAAUGCUCAUCUAUCACCGUCGCAGCAACAACACCAGACACACCAACAUCCAAGUCUCUCUCCACGCCAUAGCCUAAGCUAUUAUCCGAGUCCAGUCAUGAUGAAUCAGUCGCAACAAACUCUUCCCGCUGGCUACUAUUAUCCUACGUCGAACCAGUUUACAUCUCCACAUCCUACUCUUCAUGGCCAGGCGGCGACACCAGGACAAUAUCUCAUGGCAGAUGGCACGUCGAACGAUCCACGAGGACAGUCGCCUUUGGACGGGAACAAUCGAGCAGGUGUGGCUACAAAUUCUGUUCGGGGCGAUAUAUCUCCAGAAGGGCCGUCUAACAUCGUCCGGGGGCCUCCAAGAAAGCCUCGACAAAGUGGCCAUGCUAUUUGGAUAGGAAAUUUACCUCCGCAGACCGAUUUGAUGAAUCUUGUACAUCAUGUUUGCAAAGAAGCGAUAGGAUUAGAGUCACUGUUCCUUAUUUCGAAAAGCAACUGUGCCUUUGCGAAUUUUAAAGAUGAGCAAAGUUGUAUUGCGGCGCAGCAAAAACUCCACGAUUCGAAAUUCCAGUCGGUACGAUUAGUGAGUCGACUACGAAAGAGUACAGUCGAAGGAGCUGGUGGGCAGACGGCUCCUACGGGACCAGCAGCAACUUCUCCUGGCGGAAAAAAUUCAUCUACCAGCCCUACCAAGAAGCUGCAGGACGAAGCCCCAGAACCUACAACAUCAGCACCUGACAUGCAACCAGAGAUAAGGAGCUUGUCAAGUGGUGAGGCCAGCGCACAAAGGGACAAGUUUUUCAUACUUAAAAGUCUUACGGUGGAAGAUUUGGAAUUGAGUGUUCGUACCGGCGUUUGGGCAACCCAGUCUCAUAAUGAAGAAGUAUUGAAUGAUGCUUUCAAGGCAGUUGAUAAUGUUUAUUUGGUGUUCUCUGCAAACAAGUCGGGAGAAUACUUCGGCUAUGCUAGGAUGACCUCGCCUAUUAAUGAUGAUCCAGCAGCGGCUAUUGAAUUUGCACCCAAAGCACAGACCACGAACAACUUAGAUCUUCCCAAGGCCAUUCCCACUGAAGCUACUGACACUUGCCCGAGGGGACGAAUUAUCGAUGACUCAGCUCGGGGGACAAUAUUCUGGGAGGUGGAACGAGAAGAGGCGGACGGAAUGGCUGACGGGGAAGAAUCUGAGGGCUCGGUGAGCGGGAAGAGUGGCCAGGACGAUGAAGGUGGACCCAGUAAGGCAUGGGGCAAACCUUUCAAGCUCGAGUGGCUAUCGACUACGAGAUUACCUUUCUACCGAACACGCGGGUUACGGAACCCCUGGAACUCCAAUAGGGAGGUUAAGAUCGCAAGAGACGGCACGGAGCUAGAGCCGACGGUUGGUAGGAGGCUAAUUGGUUUGUUCAACCGCAUCCAAAGUCCUGGGCCAAUACCUAUUGGUAUACGACCGGGGAUGCCGAUAAUUGCAGGAUAUCCGCCGCCGACUAUGGCUGCUCCCUCUUACCGAUGACGAAAGCGAGCUCCAUUACGACAGGCGAGAGCCAUGGAAUUCGAGAAGAGGUGGCGAAAGAUGGAGCUAGGCCCUGGCUCGCUAUGCUGAGCGUAGCAAACGGAGUGGGAA